AUGAUAAAUCAUGUACAGGACAUACAUGGACACAGCUCUCCAGCAUUUACCAGCUGCGCACAUCCACCGUUGGAAGGAGAGGCAAGAAACAAGGAGUGGCUGGAACCAGGAUCACCAGCAGCCACUAAACUGGAGAGUGUAGCUGCCAGGAAAGCACUGGUAAAGGAUAUUCGACAAUUGUCACCUCAGCAUCAGACAUUCUCCCUGGAGGCCUACCAUUCCCUUAUUCUGCACUUUGCUCCCAAACACACUGGCUUUUCUUUUCUUGGGAUGUACAGCAGACUUCUCUUGGCAGCCCUACAUUUCAAUAGUAAUGGCAACAGAGAUGUAGCGCGUACUAGUGAGGGUGAGGUACGCUACGCUGUUCGCUACCCACGGUUUCGGAAAGGUGGCUGGGUAGUCCACCCCAUCAAGGAGAAACCAUCUUACGGAUACGCAACAAAUCUUAUGGUCUCUCUGGUAGAGGAAUACUGCAAGUCACCACAGGCCCUACAAGAAAGCAGUGCCGUCUUGUCCUCUGCUGCACCGCCCCCCCUCACCUCUUCCGUCCAGAAGGUUGCCAAGGAUGAGGCAGUCAGCCUCCAUCUCGCACGACACUCACGUUUUAACAUGUAAUA